AUGACUAGAACUACUGUUGAACCUAUCAAAUAUGAGGCCCCUUCGUGGGAGCACAAGAGUGUGCAUGUGUCCGACGACCAUAGAAGAAUCAUCCCUAAUGUCGGCGACGACGCGACACGCCCAAAGGGCCGCAUUCGACGUUCAAUGACCGCUUGUAAUACCUGCCGCAAGCUUAAAACUCGAAUCGACUGUCAGCUCCCUGAGACAAGUGAGCGCUUUCAAGACAGUACUCCAAUGUGGUCAGACGCAACGACAGCUAUCCCCUCCAUUGAGGAGCGUCUCACUUCCCUAGAGAGGAGUAUGAGAGAGAUGACUGGCAUGCUCCGACAGAUCUUGAAUCAAUCACCAAGCGUCUCUAAUAUCUCUGUACCUCCGUUGGCUCGGAGUGUUCUUACGGAAGACACGGCCUCCAUUGAAGGAAACUCGUUUGGCCCUUUCCUACCUAGGCCCGUUCGGCUGAUUCAGGACCUCCAAUCUGAGUUCUUUGGGGAGACAAACCGCAUUCCUGUUGAAUCCCCUUUCUUGGGUAACAGCUUUGAGAAGGGUGUCUUAGAUUCUAAGUUAUCUCUCAAGUUGGUACAGCUAUUUGUGGAGAAUUUCGGUCCCCUAGUGUCCAUCAAUAAUCCGUCCGACUUCCACAAUGAGAUGACAAAAACCGAUUCAUUACUAUAUAGCACUGCCUGUCUGCUAGCCUCCCGAUAUGUGCCAGGCAUACCACCACCGAUUCUCCAUGCCAUGAACCUCCAAGUUCGACAUAAGGCAAUCAAUCUGUUGUGGGAGAAACCGCCUUUGAAGUACGAAUCGCUCCAGGCACUCGCCCUUCUUUGUCUAUGGCCAGCGGCAGGCCAGAAGGAGUUCCCCAUAGAUGGCUGGUUACUGAGCGGGACUGCAAUCAAUCAUGCCCUCGUCUCCUUUGACUUUCUCAAUCAGGUGCCUUCAGAGCUUCUAAUUGACAACGAUAUGGCCGCUCAAUUGCGGCUCUGGAACGCUUUCUGCUUGACACAGUUACACUUCGCUGUUGGCAACGCACGUCCAUUCAAUUUACCACAGAGAUAUCUCGAUUAUUGCCCACGACUUCUCGAGCACCCCGCUGCAACGGUUGAGGAUGGCAAGGUCGUGGCAGAGAUUCAGCUGUACUUGAUCACAUUACGACUCCAAGCCAACGAACAACGCAUGCGAUUCGCGGAUGUUGAGUACGAAGAGAUCGAACGGUGGAAGGUUGAAUGGGCUCAUCUCCUUGCUGGUGAUGAAAAUUCAACAUUUGAGCUUAGUCUCUGGUUCUGUCAGAUCCUCUUGUAUCGAACAGCAAUAAGGUUCCAGGCAGAGUCCGAAAGACUCACGUCGGAAAUUCUCCAGGGGUCACGCUUGAUCAUCUCGAAAUUCCUGCAACUCCGAUUCGUCACCGCACUGAGAGUGGUCGAUCAAGCAUACUUCAUCGUCGGUUACGCCGCUCUAAAUCUUUGCGACUUCAAUUUCCUCGACCCCCUCAUCGACCAGAUUCAGAUGUUUCUGCUGCAUCUGUCGCCAAACGAAGACCACAUCGCAUACCGGUUUUCAUGCAUGAUAGCGGAGUUCAAGCGUCGCUGUGCCGAAUGCAACGACCCUUGCAGCGCAGUCGAUGGUUCUCAGUGCUCGUUCGGAGAUGCCCGGAAGAUGAGCAUGGAACAGGUACAAUUCGUGUCACCCCUGGUGGAUAGCAUGAUUGAGGGAUAUAGCGGUUUAGAGCAGCUGAUCCCUGAUGUCAUGCCACAGUCAUUUCCGGAAAAUGUCAUUAGUGGCAUGGCUGUGACUGAGGCCAUCCCUGUGGGAUCGGCGCCAUAUUAG